UCGACCUUGCGGAAAUGAAAAGAGUACUUCCGGGUCCGGAGAUAACCGGGCGCCGGCAGCGUUGGUUCGGCCCUUUAGGGCCUUGCUCUGAAGCUCCGCCUUCGUUUCGGUCUUUCUGGAAAACCCGCUUUGAUCUCGGCGGUGCGGGACAGCGUCCCGGGUGCCUGUGUGUCUCUCAUGGCUGAAACGACCCCAAACGGCCCCCAAGGGGCGGGCGCUGUGCAAUUCAUGAUGACCAAUAAACUGGACACGGCAAUGUGGCUUUCUCGCUUGUUCACAGUGUACUGCUCUGCUUUGUUUGUUCUGCCUCUUCUUGGGUUGCAUGAAGCAGCAAGCUUUUACCAACGUGCUUUGCUGGCAAAUGCUCUUACCAGUGCUCUGAGGCUACAUCAAAGAUUGCCGCACUUUCAAUUAAGCAGAGCAUUUCUGGCUCAAGCUUUGUUAGAGGACAGCUGCCACUACCUGUUGUAUUCACUCAUCUUUGUCAAUUCCUACCCUGUUACAAUGAGUAUUUUCCCAGUCUUGUUAUUCUCUUUGCUUCACGCUGCCACAUACACGAAAAAGGUCCUUGAUGCAAAGGGUUCAAAUAGUUUACCUUUGUUGAGAUCUGUCUUGGAUAAAUUAAGUGGUAAUCAACAAAAUAUUCUGAAAUUCAUUGCUUGUAAUGAAAUUUUCUUGAUGCCUGCUACAGUUUUUAUGCUUUUUAGUGGCCAAGGAAGUUUGCUCCAGCCUUUUAUUUACUAUAGAUUUCUGACUCUUCGAUAUUCCUCCAGAAGAAAUCCAUAUUGUCGGAACUUGUUUAACGAACUGAGAAUUGUUGUUGAACACAUAAUAAUGAAGCCUGCUUGUCCACUGUUCGUGAGAAGACUUUGUCUCCAAAGCAUUGCCUUUAUAAGCAGACUGGCACCAACAGUUGCGUAGUUUAACUUCUAGUUAAGCUAUGUAUAUAAUAUAAGCAUUAUUAGCAGCUGGUACUUCUACUAGGGUAUCCUAAAUUCCAGGUGUUAACACUGACCUCAAUUCAACUUACAUAAUUUACAUAGUAAAUGCAUCUCAAUGGAAAAAUAGUCAUUUUCCUGGCAUGUUAAAUCAAGCCUUUUCAAAAGUUGAUGAGAAAAAUUUUACUGUGCUCUGUUGCUAAUGGUUAAGGAAGUUUGUAUCUAGUGAUAAAUGUAUCAAUUUUUUUAGAUGCUGCUGUGCCUGUAUCAUGAAAUACAUUUAUUUUUUGAAAAAAUAGUUCUGAAAUUUGUUUCUACCUAAUUUGUAACCUAAUCUGGCAUGAAUUCAUUAUGGUAAUAACAUGUGAAUUUAGUAUAUUUUAAGACAGUAUUCUUUUGCCAUUCAGUAAUUUUGGUUGAUGAUUUUAACAGAAGCACUGUAAUUCUAUUUCACAUUGUUAUUGAUUUUGUGCUACUUUGCUAGGACAGAUUUAUUUUGGAUGUAUCAUUAUACGAGGCAGUUUAUGUCUUAUGCUAGGAGCUUCUGAAUUUUUAUUUCCAUAAGAAUUCUGUGGCUUUGGUUUUUUUUUUUUUUUUUUUUAACUCAACUGUAAGCCUGUUAGUCAAUUGGAUAAAUAUUUGGGGUCACAUAACCACUUUAUAUCAGAAAGUAGUAAUGACACAAUUUUGCUUUCAAAGACCCAUUGAGAAAUAUUUCUUAAAUAGGAAAUCCUUUUACAAAUGUGGACAGAUAGGUUUAUUAGUAUUAUAGUUUGUAAAAUUACCUAGUUCAGGUUCUUGACUUCAGUUUUCUUGGUUUCUUAGGCUUGAAUUUUCCUAGAAAAUUGCAGCAGUCAGAUGCCUUUUGAAAGGAAUGUAACUGAAGAUUGAGCAUAUGGCUAUACUCAUGUCUGAAAUAAUAAUGAAGAAUAUCCUGUAGAUUACAUAUUUAUCCAUCAAAUCUGAUUUGAAAGGUUAAGUGGAAAGUUUUUUAGGUAAGGUAAUAUGUAAUGGGCCUGGGAGAGCAAUCGGGAAUAGUAUGCAUUUCAGUCUUGUAAUGCAUAGAUAUAUUUGAAGAAAUUGGCUGUAUUAUGCAACUGUGAUUUGAGUUGUAUAAUGUGUUAAAUCCUGUUCAUUGAACUCCCAUCAACUACUUUAUAAAAUUCAUUCUGAUCCUUAUUAUUGUUGCAUGAUUGGGAAUGUUCAAAAAGGUAGCACAAUUUUAGUAUAGAAUAAUAUAAAUGUUUUUGUAUCCUGUUUUCUUCUGUCUGCAUGUAAUGUGGAUUUCUCAAAUACAUUCAUUAGUGAUUUAUCAGUAAUAUCAGUUUUCCUUUUGUUCAACUUUCUAAUCUAUAGAAAGAUGAAAUUCUUAGGCUAGAUUGCCAGAAAAAUUCUACUUUGAUAGCUUAACUGUAACCAGCUAUUUUUGUAAUUUUGUAAUAUUUAUCCACUAUGUUGGAGAAGCAACCUCAUAAUAUACAGUUGAUUUUGUGUGUGUGCAGCUAGCCUCAUCACUGUAUGUGUAAUCUGAUGGUUUUGAAAACUAACUUUCUAGAGCAAUAAAGUGACUAUAAUGUUAAGUAAACACACUGAUUUCUAAUGUGUUUUAAAAUAUUAUCUAAUUAUAUCAAGAAAUUUUGGCAGCUGAAGGCAUAAUUUAUUUGAAAAAACUUUUCCUUGUCUUUUUUUUUUUGUUAGAAGAAUUUGAGAAGUAGUGCUGUGAGAGUUCAUUUAUACCUAUUACUUAGCUUCCUCUUAUGUCAGCAUCUUAUGUAACUAGUAGACUGUUUAUCCAGAGUAAGAAAUUAAUCCUGGACCAUUGUUAACUAAAGUUUAAAACUUAUUUGGAUGGCACCAGUUUUUCCAUUUGUUGUGUGCUUGCAUUCUGUUUUUACCUUGAUUGCCUUUUACUUUUAAAUGUCUAUAAGUAUUAAUUUUGAAUUUUUCUUCUUUAUUUUAAAAAUUAACAGUGGUCAAAAAGAUGUCCCUAAAGGAAGUAAUCCACAGUGGUUUUAAAAAAUUUUUAAACUUAAAACUUCUGUAAUUUCAGAUACUUGUGCUUUAAAUCAAGGCUUUUAAAUAACAUAGUAGGAUUAUAAUAUUUCUGAUAUGCUCAUGUUUGAAUGGAAAGAAUAGAUUUAUUUCUUAAAGGAAGACUUAAUAUAUAAAUAAUAGUCAAAUUUAUGAGAAACUUAAUUUUACAGUUUGAGCAUUACCAGAUAUUUGAUUUGCUAGAAAUUCUGCAUAAUGAAUGUGUACAAGUAUAGCUUAUUUGGUAUCUGAAAUUAUAGUGUUACGUGUACACCUCUAAAAUUAAGAAAAUCUAAGAACAGUAUGUAAAAUGAAUGCAGUAGGAAAAUUCAAUCUUACUGCGUAACUGAACUAAUUUUUUCUUACAGGUGUAAAAGAAGUUGAUUUAACAUCCAGAAUAUCUCAUUGUUUAGGAAAUUGUAUAGUGCCAUUAUUUAUUAGAACCUCUUGGACAGGUGGACACCUCAUACAAAAUACAUUAUUCUAGCAAGCAUUCUAUAUUACAUUUGUUUUGUAUACUUGGUUUCUCAUUAAUUUAAAAAGUCUCAGGUAUAGUUUAUAUUUAAAUUUUCUUGGAAUAAAAUUCACCAAGAUUAGUGCUUCUGGGAGGAAGCAAGGAAGAAGCUAACAUCAUCAUCAUCAUCAUCAUCAUCAUUAUUAUUAAGUUUGCGUAUUUAAGAAUGUCCCUUACAGAGAACAUGAGGCCAAGCUCAUAAUAAACCAGAAGUUAUGAAAGAUUAAUACAUUCUAUCAUCUAAGUAGGAAUUGAAAAACUAUUAGUACUUUACUUUGUAAGAAUCAGGAUCAAAAAUUCAGAUUAGGGUUUGUAAAUUUAAGGCAUGGAUAUUAUUUAUUCUGGAAAGGAAAAUGAAUAUGUAAUGAGACAAAUGGAACUGAAAGAUUCCAUUUUUAAAGCAUUCAGAUGACAGUGAGUAAAUUUAUUUUAAGGGAUUGUGAUAAAUACCCUCAACAGCUAUUAAUAUAGCUAUUCUAAAGCCUCAGAGCUGUCACUUAGUUUUGAUAGAAUGAAAACCUCAAGGGAGAAAGUAGCCACAGACAGUUAUGUUUAUAACAGUAGAUGUCACUCUUUCCUAAAGUUGCCUCCCAUUUUCACGUUAUGUUGGAAGGUUAAAUGCCACUGGAACAGUGCUGAGUCAGCCAUAAAACUAAGAAUCUGAAUUCCAUGACCCUUUUUAAUGUGUAUUAAUUCAAUAUUGAACAAAUACUUAGUGUGCAUUUACCAUGAGUACUUUAAGUGCUGGUUCUUAACCCCAGAGCCUCAUAUUCUAUCAUUGAGCCUAUGUGAACAUUUUAAAUAUCCCUAAAUGUCAGAAGUACCCUGUCAAACAUGUACUUUUUAGGAAAAUAGGCCACAAUUGGAAGUCGAAUACAAAUCAUUGUCUCUUUUUUUUCUUUUCCAUUCAAAGUGCCUAAAUCAGUUAAAUCAGUUAUAAAAUUGUUCUUCAUUUUCAGAUGUGUAGAAAUAUGCAACUUAAAAUUUUUCAUCGCCAUUUUGUAGGUACACUUACAUACAGCUAAUUUAACCUCUUAAAAUUUAGACUUUUCAUUGUAAAAUAAAAACAUAUUGAACUUCUGGGAUGUUAUAUCAGGAGUGGUACCUAUAUUUGAAAAUUAAGUGUGAGUUGUAGAGACACUACUAGUUUUUUGUAGCACUUCACUGAAAUUCUGAUCCUAGAGAAUUCUAGUGAGACUGUAUGAUAGUAUAGUUCAACAGAUAGCAACCAAAGGCAUUCCUUUAAAAAUCCAGGAGUUAUUACUAGAGAUUGUUUUAGUGAGCACUCCUCUUUUAUAUUCUAGUGGGAAGUUAUUAGAUCUGGUAUUAAAGAUAAAAAAGGAGCUGCUUAGUUUGGGAGGCUUUUUGGUAGAAAUUAAUCUACGAAAUUUUUAUAAUAGGAGGAACAUGUUCCCAUGUGAGGUAUUUUAUCUAUAGUCUUUUCCCUCUUGUGAAGUUCAUAUAAGAAAUUGAUCUGCACUGAGUUUGAGUUGAUAUGACAAGAGAAAGAAAAGUACAGUAUUUUUUAAUAUAAAGCUGAUUGUUUUUCUUUGAAAACAAUAAGAAAGUUAUGGAUUGACGUUUUUGCUGGAAUUAUCUCAUAUCUUAGGAAAAAGAAGGGCCCAUGAAUCAUUUUACUUAUUCUAUAGCCAUUUACAGCCACUUUUUGAUAUGUUCAUCACUUUGGAACUAACCUUUUUUUUUCUUUUUUUUUGUUUAUGAUAGCUUAAUUCUAAAUUGUUACUAUUUUUCCGUUGUAACUUUAAGAUAGAACAAUUCCUUUUGACAUUAAUUUUUACCUACAUGUGUUUAUAAGUUGGAGACCAAAUGAGCAAAGUCUUGGACAGGUAACAUUUAUGAUGUGUUUAUAUUGAAACAAAUGUGAAAAGGUCACGAAAGUUAGAAACAGAGUCAUAAAAAACUGCUUGAUUUAUAAAUGCAUUACUUUUGGUGCUCUAUAUAAUGGGAUAUAUUGAAUUAAAAUUUUGUAUAUAUAGUAUGUCAGCAUUUCUUAGUAAAUUCUUGAAUCUAUUUUUAAUAUCUAAUAUUGUACAGGUUGGGGAGUUAAGCUCUUCAGGGCAAUACUAUCCACACUGUAGAAAUUUAUAAAAUAAAUUGAAAAAUUCAUCAUUCCUCUGUAUUCAGGACCAAAACACAUAAUGCUAAUGUAGGGCUCAGAGGGGAAAUAUAGGUCUCCUGCAUAUUUGAGAAAAUGUGAAGUUCUUUCAAGAAAAUCUAAUAAACAUAAUAAUCAUAGCCUGCUGACACUAAGGAAAAAGGACCUCAUUCACUCUUUCUUUUAUGCAUCGAUUUACUGGUCCCUACUGAUUUCCAAAUUGGAUCACUGUAGUAAAUUAUCCAUGCUGGUACCUGUGAAAGUAAGCCCUGGGAUCCAUAUUUGUUUUGUGUUCUGCUUAAAUCAGCAAGAAUGAUAAAUUUGAUGGUGUGAAAUUGGAAGUAUCAAGGGCUUUCUUUGGUGAUUGAGCAAAGUAAUGUCUCCACUUGUAAUAUAUUGUGACCCUUUUUCACUAUGUGUGCUUUGUAUGUCCAAUAUUUAUUUCAGUACAAAUUAAAUUGUUUCUUCACCUAUAUUGUUAUAUCUAAGAUUUUAUUGAUGUAAAAAUCAAAUUGUAUAAUAAAAAUCUCUCUGGAUUUAA